GUCUGUCUGUCUGUCUGUCUGUCUGUCUGUCAUCGUGGAUACAUUCGUACAGCCACCCACAGCCAUUUCGCACUCGCCCGCCUCGUUUGCAUCGUGUAGUCGCGUUAAAAUGUCCGUUAUUUAAUGAGUCGGCGAUCGCGGUUUCGUGCAUGAUUAAUUGCGCGGCUUGCGCGCGCGAGAAUCGCGUAGUUUCUCGACGCUACCUACCGAUCGCGAUCGGGUCGAUCACACGGGCGAUUGGAAAGCUCCCCGGCCUUAAUAAACUUAUCUUGGCACGGCAAUGCAUUCCUAUCUCCUGAGUGUCGGUUACCGCCUCGGGUUUCGUUAAUAUGUUACACCUCGUAACGAUGAAGUAGCCGCUUAUAAUAUUUACAUAACAUGAAUGCAUAAUGCGCGUAAAAAACAUUGGGCCAAUCUGUAGUGAAGAAGCUUCAUAUUAAAGUAUACAUCGAUAAUACACCAGUACAAUAAACAAAAUAUAGAUCAUGGUUUGUAGGGCUGGUGAAAAGAUUCAAGUAUGUGCGAUUCAAUUUUCUAUGCCUUCCGAGGCUAAUCAUAAACUUUGCGCUAGUGAAAAAUUUUCCUUAUUUGUAUCUACACGCGUGAAGGAUCUUUACAAUUACAUCGAAGAGCAUUAUCACAUCCGGGCAGAUACUUUUAAGUUAAUUUUAUUCACGUCGUCGUGCAAGAUGACCGAUUUGUCCGAAGUGAAAGACAAAACGAUGGAAGAAAUAGGAGUGGAUUUCUCAGUUGAUCCGAAUGAGGCGAAAAAUACUCUCUUUGUCACUGAUUCCACAAAUUCCUGGUCACAAAAAAACCCGGACUAUGGUUUGCCAACGUAUAAUCUUGCAGCUGCACCACCUCUUCACAGUCCACCUUCAUGGGGAGAAGAUGUGAACUUCAAAAAUUUCAUUAAAACUGAGACAAGUUACGUUGGUUUAGUCAAUCAAGCAAUGACAUGUUACCUGAACAGUCUUCUUCAAGCAUUGUAUAUGACACCAGAAUUUCGUAACGCAUUGUAUAAUUGGGAAUAUGUUGAUGGUUCAGAAAAGGAUGAAGCCCUAAGUAUACCGUACCAAUUACAGAAAUUAUUUCUAAAUCUGCAGACAUCCACAAAGUCUGCAGUGGAGACUACAUCUUUAACUAAAAGUUUCGGUUGGGAUUCUACUGAAGCAUGGCAACAGCAUGACAUCCAAGAGCUUUGCAGAGUUAUGUUCGAUGCAUUAGAACAGAAAUUCAAAAACACAGAACAGGCUGACCUAAUCAACAGACUCUAUGAAGGAAAGAUGAUUGAUUACGUUAAAUGCCUCGAGUGUGGAACAGAAAAAUCAAGAGAAGACACAUUUCUUGAUAUCCCAUUGCCAGUUAGACCAUUUGGAAGUAACGUUGCAUACACUUGUGUGGAGGAAGCAAUAAGAGCAUUUGUGCAGUAUGAAAUCUUGGAAGGAGCUAAUCAGUAUCAUUGUGAAAAAUGCAAUAAGAAGUGCGACGCGCAUAAAGGAUUGAAGUUUACGAAGUUUCCGUAUUUAUUAACUCUACAUCUUAAGCGGUUUGACUUUGAUUAUAAAACUUUCCACAGGAUCAAGCUCAACGAUAGGGUCACGUUCCCAGACAUACUGAAUUUAAAUCCCUUUAUUUCAUCCACAUCGAGUCAAGAGUCUCCAGGUGGUGAAGAAGACAUUGGUCUAGGUAUCAAAUGCGACGAUAGCUCCACAACAGAUAGUGGUACGUUGGAUGAUGAUUGCAUACCAUGUGACAACAGUCUCUCCAACAGUAAUCACUCGGCUAAUCACGAUCAAGACGAUGAUGAAGGUAUAGAUAUGAGCAACGGACCGUCAACAUCGAAUUGCACUGUGCAUAAUCACGAGAACGAGAAAAAUCGUGGUACUUACAUGUUGGGAAGAGGUCCUUAUCAAUAUGAACUGUUUUCCAUCAUGAUUCACAGUGGCAGCGCGAGCGGAGGCCAUUAUUAUGCUUACAUCAAGGAUUUCAGGACGCAAGAAUGGCUGUGUUUUAACGAUCAGAGCGUAACUCAGAUCACUCACGAUGACAUCCAAAAAACAUAUGGUGGUGGACCCACAAGAGCAUAUUACAGUGGUGCAUAUAGCAGUAGUACCAAUGCUUAUAUGCUCAUGUACAGGCAAAUCGAUCGAGCUCGUAAUGCUUUACCUAUGCAAGUUCAAGAUUUUCCACGACAUAUCCAGGAAUUAUUAAAGAAGAUGAAGGAGAGCGAGGAUAAUGACAGAAAAAAUCGUGAAAAACAAAUGUCAAUACCCAGGCUAAAAGUUUAUUGUCAUCAUCCGGUAAAGGGAAAACUGAUGGAUAUCAAGUUAUAUGUCAUGCCCGACACUACUUGGGCCGAGGCGACAGAGCAAGCGUACAAGAAAUUCGGCCUUGAAGAUGUCUUGAAUUUGGAUCAGUGUCGUUUAGUUAGUUAUGAACAUAAUAUCGAUUUAAUAGAAUGCAGUUACGAUGACAGAGAGCAAGAAUCUGUGGCUAGUAUUUGGCAGAAUCAACAUCGAUUCGAUUUGUUGUUAGAAAUUCGUCGUAAAGAUCAGAAGUUCGAGACAUUUUUGCCAGGUGGAGUUGCAACGAAGGUAUUUGUCAUAGACGUAGCUAGAGAGGAGGUAAUUGACGGUCCGAUCAAUAUCCGAGGUUUAUUGUCGCAAAGUGUUAAAGAGUAUAAACAAAUCGUAGGAAAAGUUAUUAAUAUGGAUCCUAAACAGAUGAAAGUAAUAUUACCAAAGUAUCCAGACUCAUACGAUCUCGUGGAAAACGAUGAUAGCGAUCUUCAGACUGAAGGAUUUUAUAACGCGAAAAAAGUAUUCGUAUUAACGAUGAGCGAUACUGAUAAUAACAAACCUCUUCAAGAAUCGACAGUGUACAAAAUAAUAAAGAACUUCAAGUACGUUAUUUCCCUGCAUAUUCAGUUGCCAGAUAUCAGCAAAGAAGCGUUGGAAGAAUCGAAUAUCCCGUCGUUGGAGGAUAAAUCCGAGGAAAAAGAGAAGCCCAUCAGCAAUGGCUUGUCCAAAUUGGGUGUUACUGAAUCACAUUGGGAUAUUAAUUCGAAGUACAAUGAAAACUCAAAAAAUUGCGCACGUAGCAACGAGGACACUACCGUACGGAACAUAAGUCCGCAGUUAGGAGAAGCUGAGGAAUGGAAUACUCCCGAGCAGAGCAACAGCGAAGAUAGUAGUCUUAGCGAUAGCGACAAAACGUUGGUUGGCGACGCACCGGAGGACGACGAUCCCCGACCGCCAACUUCAUGGGACCGUCGCUUUAAGAUCUCGAAGCAAUUCGAAAUAGAAAACUGGGACAUCGAUGACGAUUCUGAUUACUAUUUCAGAGCGACAUACAUAAAUAGCACUCAAAAACUACUUAAAGUAUUAGUGGACAAAAGAAUGAGAUUAAGCACCUUAAAGAAAGAACUGGAGCCAUUCGUAGGUGUAUCUGUAGAAUACUUCAAAGUUUUUCGUUUAUCAAAUGAUACCGGUGAAUCGGAAUGUAGCUGCCUGACGGAACAACUAAACUCUUACGGCGACGGUGAAAAACUUAACAUAAAACUUGGACGAGCCUUGCGUAGCGGAGAAUUCAAAGUGAAAUUAUACCAGUUACUGAUUGACUCCAUUGAGCCUUAUAAGUUUUUGUGCGAAUGGAUUGUUUCGAAAGAUAUGACGGUCGGGCAAGCGAAGAAAGAGAUAUUGGCAGAAAUAAAGAGAAAAUAUGACAUCGACAUACCAUAUGAAAGAUGCCGGCUUAGGAAAAAAUAUUACAAAACAGCCUCGAAAGUGUUCUUGGACGACCAGAAGUUCGAAGAUCUUCGAUCACAUUCACAAUUCGAAAUGAUUAUUCAAGAACUACCUGAUAAAGAAACGGUUACGGAUACCAAUCAGAUUGUUCUGUUUGUCAGAAGGUGGUUACCAGCAAAGUUAGAGUUGGAGCAGUUCCAAGAGAUAGUUUUGGAGGAUAGAACCACCGAAGAAUUAAGGAAGAAACUCUCCUCGAUAUCAAAUAUUCCGGAAGAAUUUAUUACUAUAGCGAAGGGGAAAGGUACUUUUCCAUGCGACAACUCUGUGUUACGAAUCCAAAACGAGCAUGAUUGGAGCGAACAUCACGAUAGUUUGUCUUUCAAUUUUGAAGAUGGCGCAGUCUUCUUAUAUAGGGAUAAUAGGGAAAAUCCGAAACGAUUAAAUCCCGACGAAGUAAUGGAGAUUGCUUUUAAAGAGAAUUCACGUUUAACGCCGCUUUCUACUACUUCGAGUUACAGUCCACGCCGAGAGAGAGCACUUAAAAUAUAUUUGGAUACCAAAUGAUCGUCCAUAGAGAGAGAGCACGCAUCUCCUAAAAAUCAGUUGCUAAAUAGGCAAGUGUGCGAACACAAAACAUUUGCACACGAAAUGUUUGUACGUUGGGUAUUUGUGAAAUCAAAAUUUCACCAAAUGCCGAGUGUUUUGUGUUCCAGUGUGUCUUCAGCAUUUCGAAGCUUCCGCGUUCCUAAAAGUUUUCGGCUUUUUGUAAUUAUUAAACUUUUGAAAUUGUUUGGAUUCGUGAAAUAUAUAGUAACACGUAAUUUCUUUUUGGGAUCUCGGUUAUCAUAUCCGGUAUUGAGAUUUCUAGAACUUAUAUGGAGUGUAAAAUACUUGAUAUUAUCCGGUCUGUUAAGUCAGUUUUCCAUCUAUA